AUGGUUCAAGUGCUUCCAGACCCAGCCUUUUCCCCCGCCGGAACCCCGGCGCACGAGGGCAUCGAUGGCCCUCUUGCAAAGCGACCUGGUUUCGGCAGGACAGACUCUUCGGGGUCAAUGUCCCGGGAGGAACAUGCCCGACGCAUGCAGGAACUAAACAAGAAGCGAGCGAUGAGGGUUCCCAGGCGAGGAUGGUCAAUGACCGACUACCAGGGCGACCAUGACGCCUCGCAGCCCGGACAAUCGAGCUCUUCUCAAAUUGACCGGCAAGCGUCUAUUCCUGAAAAUGGGCCCCUCCCUGCCACGGAACACUACCACUACCAACAUCACCAGCAUCACCAAUACCAACACCAACAGCAUCAGGAGCCUGAAGCUCCGGUCCAAGACAAAACGACCGAGCUUCCUCGUCGGCCCAAGCUGCCUCCUCCCCGCCGCUCGUACUCUGUCAUGGACUACGAGCCCGUUCCUCAGACUCAGCCCCAGCCACCAAAGGAUUACACAUUGCUGGACCUCCCCGUAGAGCUUCACUAUACCAUCUUUGACUACCUCGACCCCAUCGACAGCGUUUGCUUCGGACUCACAAACUCCAACUUUUACGAAAUCCAUCGACGACUGCACGGAACUGUUCCUCUCUCCAGCCGCUACUCGGGACCCAACGACAUGGAGUGGGCAUGGCGAGGGGCCGGCCCUCUUGUCCAUCGCCAUGAGCGAAGCGGCCACAAGGAUGGCCCCAUGGAGCAGAUGCGCGUCAAGGGACAGGUCUACUGCAGGAAGUGCGGUAUCUCCCGCUGCGAGCUUCACCGUCACCUGAAGGAGUGGAUGGGCGAAGGCUACGAAUACUGCUCCAUCAAGGAGGUGUUUGGCAAGCCCGCCGGAGAGGAUGCCAAGGCUUACUGCUACAUGAAGUCGCCCAAGAAUCCUUCGCGAUGCGGACGUCACGGAGGAAAGAAGAUUGCACUACAGGAAAAGAUCUAG